UAAAAUAACAAACUAUCAUAGCUAAUGAAAUUUGAUUCAGGAAGUGCACGUUCCCGAGAGAAAAACAAAACACACAGCACCUGUUGUCGGUCUCUGGGGACAUUUUCUGUGCGGGGGAAGAAGGAGACAGUUUUAUUUUAGAGCUGCCAUGAUGAAAAGCGUCAGGGUUGUGGUUGUUGGAGCUGGCGUGAUUGGAUUCUCCACUGCUGUGUGCAUUGUUGAAGCUCUACCUUUCUGCUCUGUUACUUUGAUGGCUGACAAAUUUAGCCCGGACACAACAAGUGACGGAGCUGCUGGGAUUUUGUUUGCUGCACAAUUUCCAGAUAUUCCCUUGCAAAGACAAAGAUGCUGGUUCAAGGACAGCUUUGAUCACCUGUUGGCCAUUACUCAGUCUCAAUGUGCACCAGAAGCUGGAGUAAUGCUGAGCUCUGGCUGGCAAAUUUUUAAAGAGGUUCCAGCAGUUAAAAAACCAUUCUGGUCAGAGUUUGUGAUCGGCUUUCGACUCAUGACUGAUGUUGAACUGAAACGCUUCCCAGAUCACAAGUUUGGUCAGGCUUUCACCACCUUAAAAUGCGAAUGCUCCACCUACCUGCCAUGGCUCGAGAAGAGGUUCAGAAAAGCUGGAGGUCAAGUGGAACAGAGGAAAGUCAACAAUCUUCAAGAAUUGAGUAACAGCUUUGAUAUCAUUGUCAACUGCUCCGGUCUCGGCUCCAAAGUAUUGGUGGGAGACACACAAGUGUACCCAGUCAGAGGCCAGGUCCUCAAAGUGGAGGCCCCCUGGGUGCAGCACUUCAUUAGAGAUGGAGAUGGGACGACGUACAUCUACCCCGGCAUACGCAGUGUCACUAUAGGUGGGACGAGGCAAGAAGGAGACUGGCGGCUGCAGGUGGACGACAGAGACACUAAGGGCAUCCUGGAGCGCUGCAGUAGGUUGGAGCCGUCACUCAACAAAGCCAAAAUUCUUAGUGAGUGGGUCGGCCUGAGGCCCAGCAGGAAGAACCCAAGGGUGGAGAGGGAAGUGGUGGAGCUGCAGGGCCGGCCGGUGCCUGUGGUCCACAACUAUGGCCACGGGGGUUGGGGAGUUACCCUCGCCUGGGGUACUGCUCUGGACACACUGGGGCUGGUCAAACAGUCCCUUUGUGAAAUGGCCCCACAGCCUAAACUGUGAACACAUUCUACAUCCCACUUCUACUCAGGGCUACUAACACAACCUAAGCUAAGCACAGACAGAACACUUAGUAGAUUUAGAGUAGAUUUUACAUAAAAAAAGACUAAGA